AUGAUGCAUGAUAUUGGACAAGAUUCGUUUAAUAGGGCACAUGUGUAUGAUAGUUUAUGCAAUGACAAGGAUACACCUUUGUACCCGGGAUGCACAAAUUUUACACGUUUGUUAGCCAAGUUAAAAUUGUUUAAUCUGAAGGCAAUUAACGGGUGGACUGACAAAAGUUUUACCGAAUUGCUUGAAUUGUUGACGCAAAUGCUUCUAGAAGGUAACGUAUUGCCAAGUCGUUAUUACGAGGCAAAGAAAAUAUUUUGUCCGAUGGGUUUGGAGUAUGAAAAGAUACAUGCAAGCCCUAAUGAUUUCAUAUUAUACAGAAAAGAGUAUGUAAACUAUAACCAUUGUCCGAAGUGCAAGGUGUUACGCUACAAAAAGAGACAUGGUGAAUCUAGUGAUGAUGAGGAGAUCAAAAAGGGUCCUCCCGCGAAAGUGGUAUGGUACCUACCGAUAAUUUCAAGGUUCAAGAGAUUAUUCGCUAAUGAAGACGACACAAAGAAUCUUAGAUGGCAUGCAGAAGAAAGAAAAUGUGAUGGACAAAUUUGCCAUGUAGCUGAUUCUUUGCAAUGGAAGAAAAUAGAUUCUUUGUUUCCAAAUUUUGGCAAAGAGUCGAGAAACCUUAUACUUGGAAUUUCUACUGAUGGAAUAAAUCCGUUUGAUAAUCUAAAUACUAACCAUUCUUCUUGGCCUGUUCUUCUGAUGAUUUAUAACCUAUCUCCUAGGCUGUGCAUGAAGCGUAAAUAUGUUAUGUUAUCGAUGAUGAUUUCGGGCCCAAAACAACAAGGAAAUGACAUAGAUGUUUAUAUAAGUCCACUGAUCGAUGAGUUAAAAGUGUUGUGGGAGGAGGGGGUGGAUGUUUUUGAUGCGCAUUCUGGUGAACAGUUCAAUAUACGUGCCAUGUUCUUUUGCACCAUCAACGAUUUUCCGGCAUAUGGAAAUUUGUCUGGGUAUAAAGUUAAAGGGCAUAAAGUGUGUCCUAUAUGUGAAAAAGACACAUGUUACCAUCAGCUUGAAAAAGGAAAGAAGACUGUUUAUCUCGGGCAUCAAAAAUUUCUAAAUCGUUAUCAUCCAAAUCGUAGAUUACAGAAACCUUUCAAUGGGGAACAAGAGCAUGGUGUUGCUCCAAAGCCCUUAACUGGAGAGGGAGUUUAUCAACGGCAACAUGGCAUUACUGCUGUCUCUGGAAAAUACAUGGCUGAUUCAACUGACAAAUCCUCUUCAUCUAGUAAUCCUAAUAAAAAAGAGUUAGAGUUCCAACUUUGA